AUGGGUUUACUGAAGGUUAACACUGAUGUUGGUUGUUUGGGGGAAGCAGGGACAGGGAUAGGAAUGAUUGUCCGUGACUGGGAAGGGCAGGUCUCCUUUGUUGCGGCCAUGCGCGAAAAUGAAAAAUGGUCUCCACAAGUUGCGGAAGGCAGGGCAGUUCUGUUUGCUGUAGCGAAAAUGAAGGAGUCGAGAUUACGAACCAAUGUUAUUGAAUCUGAUUGUCAAAUACUUGUUACUAGACUGCAGAACCAGACCAGUGAUUACACAGAGAUGGCAACGAUUUGCCAACAGAUCAGGGAAGAGGCAAACCAGCAGAUUGUAGAGGGUAGCGUCACACGUACCAGGAAGCUAAUAUGGCGGCUCAUCAGCUAG